AUGGCUCAUCGACCGGCAUCAGCCUCCGACUUGGAAAAGUCGUCGACCAAGUUCGGCGCCUCGACCGAGCAACAAGAGACAGUUCUCUCCGAUGAUGCUCUCGAUCCCUAUGGACCCUCAGGAUUUCGCGGAAUCUUCUCCUCCCACUAUGUAGCCCUCUGCGCAGCCUUCUCGGCAAUUGGAGGUCUACUCUUCGGUUACGAUCAAGGUGUCAUUAGCGUCACGUUGGUCAUGGACCAGUUCCUCGAGCGAUUCCCCGAAGUCUCCGAUCACGCCGCCGGCUCUGGCUUCAAGAAGGGUCUGAUGACGGCCAUGAUUACCCUUGGUGCCUUCAUCGGCGCGCUUAACCAGGGCUGGAUCGCCGACUGGAUCUCUCGCAAGCGCUCUAUCAUGGUUGCUGUUGUCGUCUUCACAAUUGGUUCCGCUAUUCAGACUUCUGCGCUCAACUACGACAUGCUGGUUGGUGGUCGUUUCAUCGGAGGAUUGGGCAUCGGCAUGUUGUCGAUGGUCGUCCCUCUGUACAUUUCUGAAAUCUCGCCUCCCGAGAUUCGUGGUUCCCUCUUGGUCUUUGAGCAGCUCUCAAUUGUCGUCGGCAUUGUCAUCUCAUUCUGGAUUACCUACGGAACCAAGAGCAUCCCGAACCACUGGUCGUGGCAACUCCCCUUCCUUAUCCAGAUCCUCCCCGGUCUCCUCCUUGGUUUCGGCGCCGUCUUUCUCCCAUACUCUCCCCGAUGGCUGGCGUCCAAGGGCCGCGAACAGGAGGCCCUCCAUAACCUGUCCAAGCUCCGCACGCUGCCCGACACCGACCCCCGCGUCCGCCGCGAGUGGAUGGAGAUCAUCGCCGAGGCUCGCUUCCAGACCUCGGUGUCCGCCGAGCGCCACCCGACUCUUGUUGGAAACAACGACCUUGGAAGCAGCUUGAAGCUGGAGGUUGCCUCGUGGACCGAUUGCUUUAAGGCUGGCUGCUGGAAGCGCACCCAAGUCGGAGUUUUGUUGAUGUUCUUCCAACAAUUCGUCGGUAUCAACGCGUUGAUCUACUACUCCCCCACCCUCUUCGCGACCAUGGGACUCGACAGCAACAUGCAGCUCAUCAUGUCUGGUGUUCUCAACUGUGUUCAGCUGGUUGGUGUCAUUCCCAGUCUGUGGACCAUGGACCGCUUCGGACGUCGCUCCAUCCUCCUUAUCGGCAGUGCCCUCAUGUUUGUGUCCCACACGAUUAUCGCCGCGCUUGUUGGUGUCUACUCCCACGACUGGCCGAGCUACACGACCCAGGGAUGGGUCAGUGUCACCUUCCUGAUGAUCUACAUGCUCAGCUUCGGCGCUUCCUGGGGACCUGUCCCCUGGGCCAUGCCUUCCGAGGUCUUCCCGUCCUCUCUCCGUGCCAAGGGUGUUGCCCUUUCCACUUGCUCCAACUGGAUCAACAACUUUAUCAUCGGUCUCAUUACGCCUCCUCUCGUCCAGAACACCGGCUUCGGAGCCUACAUCUUCUUCGCCGUCUUCUGCUUGCUGUCCUUCGUCUGGGUCUGGUGGUUGGUUCCCGAGACUGCUGGCCGAACCCUGGAGCAGAUGGACGAGGUCUUUGGCGACCGUAGCGGUACGGCUGAUGUGGCGAAGAAAAACCAGAUCUUCAGGGAGGUUGUUGAUGAGCAGACGCGACCUGCCAUGUCGGCUUAG